AUGGAUGGAUAUAUACCUAUUCUCAAUCAAGAUCAAAUAACCCCCGAACGCGACCGUCACUCACAAUGUGAACGCGACAGACUCAAUCGACUUCAGAUGACAUCUCCUACAAGGCGCAAUCGUCGCCAUGCUGCCCAUGAUAAUCAAAAUAGGCCUCCGCAUCCUGUACCUCAGCCUAAUUUUGUGCCGGCUAAUGAGCCCCAAGCAGGGCCUGUUCCACAACCUUUUGUGGAGCAACCUCCUCCCUACUUUCGAUAUCAACCACUACCAGUCGAGCAGUAUCCUGGCUUGCCACGAAAUGCAAUUGCGCAUGUGGAGCGUGCUCAUCGACAUCCUCCAGUGGAUUAUAAUGCACGCUUGAAUGAGCAAAUGAAUGCAGCUCAUAAUGAUAGACGCCGUCGACGUAAUAUUCGUCGGCAACAGGACAGAGAGGAGAUAAGACAGCAGGCACAGGCAGAACUCAUGCAGCCUCCACAGAUGCUUCCGAUUCCUAACCAGCACAUUCAGCCUGCUCCUCCUGCUCCUCCUGCAUAUGGCCCUAUUCAUUAUGAGGGCGCUGUUGGUCCUCACAACUUUGAUGAUCCACUCCGCUACUUUGUGCCUAAUCAUGCUCCACCUAGACCUGCAUUACCUGAACCUGAUUAUCAUCAGUUCAAUAUUCAGUUUCAAGAUCAUAUUAAUGCAGAGCAAAGGGAACAUGAGCGCAUUAGAAAUGACUUGCUUCAAAGGCAAGCACAGGAGGAAUUCCGUCGAAAUCAAGUGCAGCUGCAAUUACAGCAACAAGAGGCUGAGAGGGUCCGUAGACAGGCUCAAUUGCAGCAGCAGGAGGCUCUCCACCUGCAGCAGCAAGAAGCUGAGAGGAUUCAGAGAUUGCAGCAACAAGAAGUUGAGAGAAUCCAGAGACAGGCUCAAUUGCAGCAGCAGGAGGAGGAGCUUCACAACAGACAGGAUCAGGAUCGUCUCCGAGCAGCUCAACAACAAGAGGACCAGCACAAUAGAGAACUGCAGGAUGCUCAGCGAGUACAUCAGGAGGAAGAGGAGGCUCAACGCCGGCGGGAACAAAGGAUACGUGAACAGGAUGAGCGUCUUGAAGAGGCUUUCCGUGAAUAUGAUGAUCCAGCAUCUCAGGAGCAGCAUGUUGACGAUGAAGAAAGAAUAAGAACCCAGCAGCAGGAACGCCGCCAGCAGCGUGAGGCAGAGGAUGACCAGCAUGUCAAUCAGGUGGUUCAUAUUCCUGAUGGAGCCCGACCUUACAGUGAACCAAUUGACCGCAACACUCUUGGUCCUCUUAAUGUAGAGUGUCGUAACUGUCAUGCCAAGCACUUUGCAUCCGAAAGGCUCUCCAACUCCUCUCUACGUAAUCUUUAUUAG